GCAAAACCAUUGGGCCGGACGCCUAUUCAUUAGGCCGCCGAUGAGUUAUUCCACGGUAGCCGUUUUAGGGAACUCAUUUUUUCCGGCAAAUUCAAAAUCCAAAAACUCCCCAGAUAGGAAAGAAAUCAUCUCUCUCUUACAAAGAUGCAAACACAUGAACCAAAUUCAAUCACUUCACGCCAAAAUCAUAAAGAAGGGCCAAGAAAAUGACCCCUUUAUUGCCUUUGAGCUUAUUCGGGUUUGCUCCAACUUCAACUCCAUUGACCAUGCCUCCAAGAUUUUCCAGAACGCUCAAAACCCAAAUGUCUACCUCUACACUGCUCUUAUUGAUGGGUUUGUAUUGUCUGGCUCUUACGUCGAUGCAAUUCGCCUAUAUUGUCAAAUGGUGUAUGAAUCUAUCUUACCCGAUGCUUAUGCAAUCACUUCGGUCUUGAAGGCUUGUGGGUUUCAGUUGGCUUUGGAAGAGGGUAAACAAGUUCAUGGGCAGGCUUUAAAACUUAGGUUGAGUUCAAACAGAUUGAUAAGGAUGAAGCUCAUGGAAUUGUACGGCAAGUGUGGCGAGUUUGAGAAUGCACAACAGGUUUAUGCAGAAAUGCCUGAAGGGGAUGUUGUUGCAUCAACCGUCAUGAUAACAUGUUAUUUGAAUUAUGGAUUCAUCAACGAGGCAAUUGGUGUAUUCAAUCGAGUUCUGGUUAGGGACACAGUUUGUUGGACGGCGAUGAUUGAUGGGUUUGUUAGGAAUGGCGAAUUUAAUAGAGCUUUGGAGGUAUUUAGGGAAAUGCAGGAGGAUGAUGUGAGGCCGAAUGAGGUUACCAUGGUUUGUGUUUUAUCUGCGUGUUCACAAUUGGGAGCUCUUGAGCUGGGGCGGUGGCUUCACUUUUACAUAGAAAAGUACGGGAUCAAGCUUAAUCAUGUUGUGGGUGGUGCAUUGAUAAGUAUGUAUUCAAGGUGUGGUGAUAUUGAUGAGGCGCAACGAGUUUUUGAUGGGAUGAAAGAGAGGGAUGUCACUACUUAUAAUUCCAUGAUUUCAGGACUUGCUAUGCAUGGGAAGAGCAUUGAGGCUAUCGAAAUGUUUCGGAGAAUGAUGAAGCAGGGGAUUAGUCCAAACAACAUUACAUUCAUUGGUGUAUUGAAUGCAUGUAGUCAUGGAGGUCUAGUCGAGUUGGGAUAUGAGAUAUAUCACUCCAUGACUAGAGAUUAUGGGAUUGAACCACAAAUAGAGCACUAUGGAUGCAUGGUUGAUCUCCUUGGUCGUGUAGGUCGGCUUGAAGAGGCAUAUAACUUCAUCAGAGAAAUGAAAAUAGCUCCAGAUCAUAUAAUUUAUGGUGCUCUGCUAAGUGCUUGUAAAAUACAUGGGAACACUGAAAUAGGAGAAUCAAUUGCAAAAAUUCUAGUCGAUUGUGGUCGCGCAGAUUCCGGUACUUACAUUCUUCUAUCAAAUGUCUAUGCUUUGUCUGGGAGAUGGAAAGAGGCAGCAAAAGUAAGAGCAAAGAUGGAGGAGGGUGGAAUGCUAAAGGAACCAGGUUGUAGUUCGAUUGAAGUGAAUAAUGAGAUCCAUGAGUUCCUUUUAGGAGACAUCAGACAUCCUCAAAGGGAAGUAAUUUACAAAAAGUUAAAGGAGUUAAAUCGUGUAUUAAAAUUGGAAGGAUACUUGCCAUCAACAGAGAUGGUUUUACAUGAUAUGGAGGAUGAGCAAAAGGAAUGGGCUUUGGCAAUACACAGUGAGAGGCUUGCACUGUGCUAUGGGCUAAUAUCAACUGCACCAUAUACGACGUUAAGGAUUGUGAAAAAUCUAAGGGUAUGCAAUGAUUGCCACUCCAUGAUCAAGCUGGUCUCUAAGAUUACCAGGAGAAGGAUUGUGGUGAGAGAUCGCAAUAGGUUCCACCAUUUCGAAAAUGGAGGUUGUUCUUGUGGGGAUUAUUGGUGAACUAAGCACAAAUUCUUCCUUUACUCAAGAUUUUCUAGUUGUAUUUUUUUCCCUCUCUUCUCAACACUGAUGGUCGUUAUUGGUACAACAACAUCAAAGACAUAAAACUGCGAUAAAUAUAAGUGAG